AUGGCACCAACACUGUUUGACAAAGAGCCAAAGCCAGGGGACCUUAUCGAGAUCUCUCGGGGGGCAUAUAAACACUGGGCUGUCUACAUUGGAGGAAAUGAAGUUGUCCAUUUACUGCCUCCGAGUGGUGAGUUGGGAUUCUUCGGUGAGCUGCUGACAUUACUAGACAACGGUAAGGCGCAGGUGAGGCGUCAGAAGAUCUGGGAAGUUGUCGGCUCCAGCGAAUUUGAGGUCAAUAAUCUUCUGGAUGAUGAGUACAGUCCUCGUGAGCCUCUUGCCAUUGUGAGGGAUGCCUGCAGGAUGGUCGGUCGAGAGCUGCCUUACUGUAUCGCUACUCAGAAUUGUGAACACUUUGUCACAGAGCUACGUUAUGGAAAGCCAGAGUCCCGACAGGUUCAAACAGCAGCUGUGAUUGGAGGCGUCGCUGUGGCAGGUGUAGCCGCCGCAAUUUUGGGUGCCGCGCUGUUUUCCUCCUUCAACAAAGACGAAAACAAAAGAAGAAGAAAUUAUAAGUGA